AUGCCACUCUUUAAUGCAAAAACCCUGCUGGCAGGGCUCUGCGCUGCCAGCAUCGUCUCACCAUCGUUAGGGCUUCCUCAGUCGUCGCAUCCGGGCUCUUCGGCUGUUGCAAACACUCAGGGUAGGGCCUCCUCUGAGAGCCAUCCUUCAUGGACUUUGGAGUCGGAUUCAACAGCUACCACGGUUUCAGCCUCGAAUACCCCUUUGUACUCUCCUUCGUCAUCGGCUACGGCCUCCCUUGGUGCUACUCAGGGGUCCUUGACUAAUGACCAUGAUGGAGCAUCGAAGUCAUCCACGCGCUCUUAUGGGGUCACUACAAUCUCGUACUCCAGCGCGCCUGUAAAUACACCCCAGAGUGCCCAUGAAACAUCCGCCAGCCCGUCCACUCCUUCGGGUCCUCACUCUCAUACGACGACAUUGUCAAGCUCUUCUGCAGGUGUUCCUGCUCAAAGUCAGACUACUUCGUCGAGUCGUUCUCACUCUGUCGUCUCCAAGGAGACUUCCACUCGCUCACCUAGCAGCUUGUUCACUCCUUUUGCUUCCACUGAGACUCCCACGAGUCCAUCUCAUACUUCUUCAACCCACACUCUUUCCACUCAUUCUUUUAGCUCCUCAGAGCAUGCUUCAUCUGAGUCUGCUACAUCAUCCCGUACAGUCAGUACAUCGAAGCAUACCCACACUCACACGUCUACGUCUUCCACAUCUUCAUCAGACACCCCGGAAAGUUCGUCGGCUUUGACCCAGCACGAGACUUCCACGAGCUCUUCGACGCCUAUUCGCUCUCAUACCCCUACCGCGUCGACGCCGGCUUCAUCCAAACCAUACACUAGCUCUUCGAAAACCCACACAACUCAUAGUCAUACUGAGGACACCACAUCAAGCUCUGCCUCUCAUACUCCUACGUCUUCCAAGUCCAGCUCCAGCUCCGCAGAGGAUGCCUCGUCAAGCCCUGCAUUCCAUUCUCCUACUCCGAGUACCCACUCCAUCACCACCACAACGAACACUGAUACCAGCCAAAGUGCUAGCAUCACGUCCGGUCCCUCCACGACACCGAACUCGACAAUUACAACCACCAGCAGCACAACAACUUCUUCGGUUGAUGUCUACGCCAUUAUCAAGCACCUCUAUAAGCUCGUGAAGGACACGUACCCAGUGAUCAAGAAAUGGAAGGAGGACCCCAAGUCCGUCAAGGCAUCCGAUCUCAUCAAGCCCCUGAAGCGUGUCAUUCCUGUGGCGGAUGACGUUCUCGACGUGCUUGGGGCUCCGAGUUCUUUAAGUUCAAGCUCUGGUGAUAGCGAAUCGGUGCUCGACAGUUGCAGCAGCGGUGGAGGCCUGCUGGGAGACCUCAUCGGCAUUGCAAGCUGCAUCUCCAGUACUGCGGAUGAGGCAGUGUCAAUUUUGGGCAGUUCCUCAGACAGUGAUUCUUCGGAUGAAUCCACACUCUCAUCUUACUUUGACGCUUUCGAGACCGAAGGAAGUUCCCUCAGUGCAGUGGGAGUGACGGCGACUGGCUCUACCGCGACUAGCACUGGCACGACAACGACCACAUCCUCUGGCGAUACGUCUUCGAAGUCUACGAAAACUGCCACGUCUACCAACACGGGUUCUGACACGUCCACUAAGUCCACGAAGACCAAAACCUCGACCAAGUCCACCACAACCUCCGACUCUAGCUCGUCUGCCGGCUCAGGAGGUCACUCGGCGAGCGCGUCUGCCUCACCCACUUCGACAAGCACCAAGGAAUCUUCCACCUCCACGAAGACCAAAACCAAGUCUAACACUGAGUCUUCCUCAAAAGCAGCAUCGUCAUCCGCUGCAGCAAGCAAGACUGAUUCGUCUUCUUCUUCCGCAAAGUCCACAUCGACGGACUCUACCUCCACGAACAAGACCACUUCCACCAAGUCCACCGCGACCUCUUCUUCGGCACCGCUGUCUGCAUCCUCGUCAGCCCACACAUCCAGCAUUGCUACCACCAACACAACAUCGACCAGCACCGAUAGUAAAUCCAGCACGUCGACCGACACCACGACGAUUAUCAUUCACACGCACAGCGGAACAGCCAGCGGCACCACCACACACCACACCUCCACUGUGACUCCCUCACCAUCGCGUAACCAGACAGCCACGACCCUCGUCACCACAACCUCGUCCUACACCCCGCCCCUCUGCUACAACCACGCGGACCCCGACAACGGCGCCGGCAACGUCUGCAUCUGCACGCGAAGCAACGGCGACUACACCACGCUCUCGGAACUCCCCUCAGGCAGCGGCUGCUCCUACACCUCCAUCCCAACCCCGACAACAACCAGCACCACCAAGACCACCAGCACAAAAACCACCUCGGACCCGCCCUUCACCGUCACCGAACUAAACAGCGACGUGAUCGUCUGCGCAACCUCCACCCUCAGCUACUUCUCCACCUUCACAUAUACGAAAUGUGCCGGAUCCAGCAGCACAAUCUACACGGCCCCGACGCCGACCCCCACCGCGCAAGUGGUCAUCGCCUACCUCUCCGACGUGUACAGCUUCUGGUCAUUCUUCACGCCGGACAUCGGCUCGUCAAUUGACUUCUGUAACGAUGCGGAGGCCGGCGAGCUGGAGGCUAGUGGCAGCAUCAAGGUGGUGGAUCCGCCGUAUCCGGAUGGGACGAAGGAGUUGGAUUUCAAGAUCCACGAUAUGAAGAAUUGUGUUUAUAAGGGCACGAGUGAUGAGCCGGGGACGUUUACUUGUCCGGAUCUUGGGAAGACGGUCGAUUGUGAGAGUUAUGGGGAGAAUAAGAAUGGUAUCUAA